GCAGCAGCUCAUAGGGAUGUGAAGCGUCCCUUCCUGUUUUACUGGCGAUCAGACAGAAACAUUGACGCUGUGAUAUAGACGCGCGAGGCUCGAUUAUGUCUGGAAGCAAUCACUCCGUAAACGACCGGGCAGGCUUUUUGCUGAAAACCAACAACCAGUAAUGUCGCCUUAUAGGGCGUGUAUGACACUUCACGAGUUGUAGUCUACAAAUAUAUUUUUGUAUCGCGCUACUGCUGCAACCCUUGCUCCUUCUGUCAAUGAUUGUCCUACCCAUAUAAGCCUACUCAUGGCGGAGACCAAAAUCAUAUACCAUAUCGACGAAGAAGAAACCCCGUAUUUAGUGAAGCUGACGGUUUCUCCGGAAAAAGUCACGUUGGCGGAUUUUAAAAAUGUCCUCAACAACCGACCUGUCAAUAGUUAUAAAUUCUUCUUCAAAUCUAUGGAUCAGGAUUUCGGGGUCGUCAAGGAAGAAAUUUCGGAUGAUAACGCUAAGCUGCCUUGCUUUAAUGGGAGAGUGGUCUCCUGGUUGGUGUUGGCUGAAGGCUCACACUCAGAUGGAGGAUCUCAGUGCACAGAGAGCCACAAAGAUCUGCCACCACCCUUAGAACGAACGGGAGGGAUUGGAGAUUCAAGGCCGCCCUCCUUCCAUGCCAACGCUGUGAGUAGUCGGGAUGGAUUGGACACGGAGACGGGGACGGAGUCUCUUCUGAGCCAGCGAAGAGAGAGGGAGAGAGAGCGAGCACGGAGGAGAGCUCGUGAAAAUGAGUUUCCCCGGGUGAAUGGUCACUCGAAGUCAGAACGUGCUAAUCGUGACACUGUCUAUGACAGUGCGUCAGUGAUGAGCAGUGAGCUGGAAUCCAGUUCCUUCAUUGACAGUGAGGAGGAUGAGAACGCAAGCAGAUUGAGCAGUUCUACGGAGCGGAGCUCUUCAUCGCACCUCAUGCGCAGACACAAACGUCGACGGAGAAGGCAGAAAGUCACCAAAAUGGACAGGUCCUCAUCCUUCAGUAGUAUUACAGACUCCACUAUGAGCCUCAACAUAAUCACUGUUACCCUCAACAUGGAGAAGUACAACUUCCUGGGUAUCAGCAUAGUGGGCCAAAGUAAUGACAGAGGAGAUGGAGGCAUCUACAUCGGUUCCAUUAUGAAAGGUGGAGCAGUGGCAGCCGAUGGCCGGAUCGAACCUGGAGACAUGUUGUUACAGGUAAAUGAUGUGAACUUUGAGAACAUGAGUAAUGAUGAUGCUGUCAGGAUUCUGCGGGAGAUCGUCUCUAAACCCGGGCCAAUAAGCCUAACGGUGGCUAAAUGUUGGGACCCCUCCCCUAGAAGCUACUUCACCAUUCCUAGAGCUGAGCCAGUGAGACCCAUUGACCCUGCUGCUUGGAUCUCACACACUACAGCACUUAGUGGGCCUUACCCCCAUUACGAAUUUGAAGACUUCCCUCUGUCUGUGUCAAAGACUGACAUGGCAACUAUAGUAAAGAUCAUGAAGUUACCAGAUUCGGGCUUGGAGAUAAGGGACCGGAUGUGGCUGAAAAUCACCAUAGCCAAUGCUGUCAUAGGCGCUGAUGUUGUCGACUGGUUGUUUUCUCGGGUGGAGGGCUUUAAGGAUCGGCGCGAUGCCAGAAAAUAUGCAAGCAGUUUGCUGAAACACGGCUAUUUGAGACACACAGUCAACAAAAUCACCUUCUCUGAGCAGUGUUAUUACACAUUUGGAGAUUUGUGCCAAAAUAUGGCCUCUCUUAAUCUGAAUGAGGGAUCGAGUGGUGGGGGCUCUGACCAGGAUCAUGGUCUUGCUCCUCUUCCUCCACCAGGCACCAACCCCUGGCCCCUCGGAGGUCAGCCGUACCCUUAUCCAGGGUACCCCGCUCCCUCACCAGGGUUUCCUCCGGGAUACACAGACCCCUGUCACAGUUUUCACAGUGGCAGUGCAGGCAGCCAGCAAAGUGAAGGAAGCAGAAGUAGUGGCUCCAACCCCAGUGCUGGGAAAGAACGAAGGCCCUCCCCUCGAGAGAGGGACCAUAAGGCGCCAUGCUGUAGGGGCAGCGAAACAGAACUUGGCACAUGGGUUGUAAGACGGGCACCCAGUCAGCUGAGUCAUCAAACCCACCCCCGCUCGGUUGUCAGUCAAGGUCACUCCACCCACAGCUACGCUCACCCCGGGUUCAGCGUCUCACAGCAUAGCCAUACCUCCUUUUCAUAUAGCCACGCCCCCUUUGUUCAACCCAAUCAUUUGUCCUGUGGCCACAGUGAAAGAAGUCACGCCUCUUCCUAUGGCCCUCCAGGUUUGCCCCCACCAUACUGCAUUGCUCACCUCGCCCCCAAAGUGACAGCAAGCAACAGUCCUCCUGGUGCUCCACCCGUUCGGGAGUUAGGAAACGUACCACCAGAACUCACAGCUAGCCGGCAGUCGUUUCAACACGCCAUGGGCAACCCGUGUGAAUUUUUCGUUGACAUUAUGUGAGAGGAGAGUGCCUUCGACGUUUUCUGAGCACAAGGCUUACUUUCUGAAAUGUGCUUUUUGAAUUUUUGCUACUGAUGAUCCCUGCACUGAGAGAAUGUACAAACUGAGACCCCGUUUUGAAUCCUGUAAAGCAGGGCUAUUCAAAUCUUACCCUGGAGGGCCGGAGCACUGCAUAGUUUAGGUCCAACCCUAAUCAAACUUAACCACCUGUGAUUGUCUAGUGAUCAUAAACUAGCUAAACUAUGCAGGGCUCGGCCCUCUAGGGUGUGAGAUUUGAAUAGCCCUGCUGUAAAGUGUAGCAGUCACCCAGAUAUGAAAAUUCAGUCAUUAUUACUCAGCAAUGGGUCAUGGCAAAAACUGUCUGACUUUGUUUAGAAAUAAAGCAUGAGUAACAAAAACACUAUACUGGCCAAACUUUACUACACAAUGAAAGUUAUAAGGACUAUAAAAUGCGAACUGUAUGACGAACAGUUUGGGAAAACAUGACGGCGAGUAACAAAUGACUGAAUUUUCAUUCCCUUAAAGGGUUAGUUCUCCCAAAAAUGAAAAUAAUGUCAUUAAUGACUCACCCUCAUGUCGUUCCAAACUCGUAAGCCCUCCGUUCAUCUUCGGAA